AUGCCAGGACUUUACGCAAUGGUUGGCGCUGCCGCCGUGCUUGGUGGAGUUACGAGAAUGACCGUGUCAUUGGUUGUGAUUAUGUUCGAACUGACAGGGAGUUUGGAAUUUAUCGUACCUACUAUGGUUGCUACCAUGUUUGCAAAGUGGAUUGGUGAUGCAUUUUAUAAGAUGGGUAUAUAUGAUGCUCACAUAGAUCUAAAUGGCUAUCCAUUUUUGGACAACAAGGGCGAAUAUCCAUAUUCUACUGUUGCUAUACAAGUAAUGAAGCCUGGACCUGAUGGUGGAACAUUGCGAGUGAUCACUCAGGAUACAAUGACAGUUGGUGAUAUCGAAGUUUUACUACGUGAAACUAGCUAUAAUGGUUUUCCAGUCGUUAUAAGUGAAGAAAAUUUGUAUUUAGUGGGGUUUUGUACGCGACGCGAUUUACAACUUGCUCUUCAUUCUGCUCGUAAAUCACAACCAUACAUUGUAACCAAUUCAGUCGUCUAUUUUUCUGCAAAUGUGCCAGAAGCAGUAAAUGGUGAUCCCGCACCUUUACGUUUACGCAAACUAAUAGAUUUGGCACCGAUGACUGUAACAGAUCAAACACCGAUGGAGACGGUAAUUGACAUGUUCCGCAAACUUGGAUUGAGGCAAGUGCUAGUGACACGAAAUGGUCGUCUUCUGGGAAUAAUCACCAAAAAGGAUAUCCUUCAUUUCAUGAAAAUCGGUGACGUCGUUGAAAACUAUUCUUUUUAA